CCCAGAGGGACUGCCCCAGGUUGACUCUUUGCUUCUUUCCAGCAGGAGCCACUGCCUUGCCCCCAGGAGACUGAAGACAUGGCACCCAAGAGGGCCAAGAGAAGGGCAGCAGAGGGAGGAGGCUCCAAUGUCUUCUCCAUGUUUGACCAGACUCAGAUCCAGGAGUUCAAGGAGGCCUUCACAGUAAUUGACCAGAACCGUGAUGGUAUUAUUGACAAAGAGGACCUUCGGGACACCUUCGCAGCCAUGGGUCGCCUCAAUGUGAAGAAUGAGGAGCUAGAUGCCAUGAUGAAGGAAGCUAGUGGUCCCAUCAACUUCACUGUCUUUCUGACCAUGUUUGGGGAGAAGCUCAAGGGUGCUGACCCUGAGGAUGUGAUCACUGGAGCCUUCAAGGUCCUGGACCCUGAUGGGAAGGGCACCAUUAAGAAACAGUUCCUGGAGGAGCUGCUUACCACGCAGUGCGAUCGUUUUACCAAGGAGGAGAUCAAGAACAUGUGGGCGGCCUUCCCUCCCGACGUCGGCGGCAACGUAGACUACAAGAACAUCUGCUACGUUAUCACCCAUGGCGACGCCAAGGACCAGGAAUAGGGGGCCCUCUUAGACCUCUACUGGCCAAUGCUUCCAGCCAGUCCGCCCCUACCCCAAUAAAACUCAGCUGGUCUUUGUUUCUUAUGGA